CGGCGUGACCCCGCCGGGGGGCGGCCGCGCUGCAUGGGGCCGGGGGCCGGCCGGCAUGGAGGGGGUGCUGUACAAGUGGACCAACUACCUGAGCGGCUGGCAGCCUCGGUGGUUCCUUCUCUGUGGUGGCAUCCUGUCCUAUUACGACUCUCAGGAAGAUGCCUGGAAGGGUUGCAAGGGAAGCAUCCAAAUGGCUGUUUGUGAAAUUCAAGUUCAUCCUGCAGAUAACACACGAAUGGACCUGAUUAUCCCAGGGGAGCAGUACUUCUAUCUGAAGGCAAGAAAUGCAGUUGAAAGGCAAAAGUGGCUGGUUGCACUAGGAACUGCCAAAGCCUGUCUGACUGACAGCAGGACACAGAAGGAAAAAGAGUUCACUGAAAACACAGAAGCCUUGAAGACUAAAAUGUCUGAACUUAGACUGUACUGUAACCUCCUUGUUCAGCAAGUGCAUAAAACAAAGGAAGCCAGCAUUUGUGGUGUGUCAGAACCAGAGAGUGAGAUUGAUAUGGGAGCUCUGUUGAAAUCAACCUGUGACACUUUCCUGAAGACUCUUGAAGAAUGUAUGCAGAUUGCAAAUACUGCCUUCACUUCUGAGUUGUUGCAUCAGACCCCACCUGGAUCCCCAAAUUUAGCAGUUCUCAGAACGAGCAAGGUAAAGCACUCUGUCUUGUCCAGUCACACCUCAACAGAAAGGCAGGUGGAAUUGAACCCCUGUGAAAAUGGCUGUGUAAAAGCAGAAAUUAACCAUCAAGAGCAAACGGUUAUUAAAAGUAUGGAAUGUUUAAACUUGGAAACAAAUGAGGGGAGUGGUGAUGUUUAUGUUGAAGAUCAUGUAGCAGAGGAUUUGGCAGACAUUAAAGACAAUGGAGAGGACAAGCUCCAAACUGUAGAAAGUUGUGGCGCCCACAAGUUGCUGCAGUUGGAAACAAAUUCUUUAAGUGGAUUAACUCUGUGUGAGGAAGAAAGAAAUGAAAAUGAUUAUCCUACCUUCUUCAGUGUCAUGAGCAAUAGGUUCAGUGAUAUUGAACUUCGGGAGGAGGAGGGCAUACCAACAGAGGAGUUCCUGGAGUCGUGUUAUGCAAUUGUGCCCGUUCUGGACAAGCUGGGACCAACUGUUUUUGCUCCAGUUAAAAUGGAUUUUGUAGGCAACAUCAAGAAAAUAAACCAGAAAUUUAUAACCAACAAAGAAGAGUUUGAUACCCUUCAGAAGAUCGUGCUCCAUGAAGUGAAUGCAGGUGUAGCACAAGUUAGAAACUCUGCUACAGAGGCUCUCCUGUGGCUGAAAAGAGGCUUAAAGUUCUUGAAAGGGUUUUUGACAGAAGUGAAGAAUGGGGAAAAGAAUAUCCAAACAGCUCUGAACAAUGCUUAUGGAAAGACAUUACGGCAGCACCAUGGGUGGGUUGUCCGCGGGGUCUUUGCGUUAGCUUUAAGGGCAGCUCCAACGUAUGAAGAUUUUGUGGCAGCUCUGUCUGUAGAUGAGUGCGAUCCUCAGGAAGAAACAUUUUACAAAGGAAUGCAGAGGGACCUCAACAUUUACUUACCAGCCAUGGAAAAGCAGCUAAAUAUCUUGGACACUCUCUAUGAAGUACAUGGUUUGGAGUCAGAUGAGGUGGUAUGACUACAGCAAGACCACAUCUUAAAAAUUCAGGGACUGUGUCUAUUAACAAAGAUUUCUUCCAUUUUGGUUUUGGGACAUUGUUUCUGUUCGUUGUAUCUUUUCGAGUGGGAAGGGUGUUGAGUGUUUUGGAGGAAGGGUAUGUGUGAUUUUUAUCUUUUCAUUACCCUUGUGUUGCAUUUAAAUGUGGAGGUACUGUCUCUCUUUGGGUCAUAACUAUGUCUGUGAUUAAUGUUUCUGACUGUUUCUCUUCUGCCUGUGCACCUCCUCUUCUCUUCACCUCAUAGAAGUAACAGAGCAGAAUUUGGCCUUUGCUGCCAAGGAGAAUUUGGCCUCUGCUGAGGAGAGACUUGUUCGUGCAGCAGAGCUGUUGGGUCAUCAGCAUGGCACCCAGGCAGGUGCUGAUGGCUCUGACUCUCCCAUUCCCUGUGCCCACUCCCUGCCAUGGUGUAGGAGGAUAAUGAGAGUUAUUGUUACCCUGGUAGCAGAAGAGAAGGACAGCUAAACACCAGCUUAUAACGCAGUGAGUUUGUCCCUCAGUUUGGGUUGAAGCUCUUUAAAUGCAAAUAGUUAAUGUAUUUGCAUUACAUAAAUAUUUAUUAAAUUAAAUAAAUAUUUUAAUCCAAAUAUUACAGAGAUCUUCACCACAGGUGUAUGUGGCUGGUGGUCUGAGUGGCCCCAAGGUCUAGCCUUUGAAACAGGAUGCUGUGUUCCCUGACCAGCUCCCAAUAUGUGAAAAGCAGAUACCAUUAAAAUCCUUCCUAGACUGUCAUUAUAGGCAGAAACUUCGUGAAAAUGGACGUGAAAUGAGUAAAGUGUAGGGGAAGCUAGAAUUUGUGAUGGAGCUGUUACACAUUGGACCAAUUACAAAUCUCGACUUUUGAAGCUAUUUAGAAGUGACUGAAAAUUAAGAAAGUAAGAUUUGCCCUUUUUCCCAUUUUGGUGAUACAGAUAAAAAUGUGUUCCUUAACAUUCCUCCUAUUAAAAAUAAUAAAGAAGUCCUUUUAGCUAAUGAUAUGGUUAGAGACAAAAUUUCUAGUUGUGUUGAAUACCAGAAGGCUGUCUGUGAAUUACUGACUCCCAUUCAAGGCAUAAGCAGGUUUCUAUGUGGACCUAGGGCUUCAGAUGGCUUUGUACAAAGAGCUGAGUUUAACUCGUGUGCAGGAGGGGAGAAGACUGUGCUAGUGAGGUACUUAGAACUAGUAAGUUUUCCUAAAUACAGAAAGCAGUGUUGCCAUACUCACAGAAGUAGUGCUGGCUUUUUCUAGGCUAAAACCAAUGUUGUCAGUAAAAUGAAUGUACUACAGACCUGCUGCCCUGCAUUGCUCUGUGACAGGAGCCUCUGCACACUGAAUACUUGAUCCUUUCUAAAGGGCCUAGCAUUGUGACCUUUGAGAAACAUAUAUGACACAUGAAGAAAAGCCCAACAUCAGACUUACUGUGUGAAGAAAGAUAGCAGGACUCUAAUUAGACAUUUCAUAGAAUCAUAGAAUAGCUGUGUUGGAAGGGACCCAAGGGAUCAGGAUCAUCAAGCCAAACUCCUGACCCUGCACAGGACACCCCAAGAAUCCCACCAUGUGCCUGAGACCAUUGUCCAAAAGCUACUUGAACUCAGACAGGCUCGGUGCUGUGACCAUUUCCCUGGGGAGCCUGUUCCAGUGUCCAAUCACCCUCUGGGUGAAUAACUUUUACCUGGUAUCCAACCUAAACUUCCCUGACUCAGCUUCAUGCCAUUUUCCUUGAGUCCUGACAUGAGCGUGAAGAGGUCAGUACUUGCCCCCUCUGCUUCCCCUUGUGAGGAUGUUGAAGACCACAGUGAGGUCUCCCCUCAGUCUCCUCCAGGCUGAACAA